AAAAAUGGAGAAAUACUUAUGUCAUGUUGACUGUUACAAUUUGCUGUUUCUUCUUUAUCAUCGUCCUGGCAACUGCAACCCUGUCGAAGCUGACCUUUCUCUUGAUGACAUACAACAUUUACCCACGUGACAACUUCACAUUUGAAUAUAACAAUGAAACAUAUACUUUAAAAUCGCACGAUCACGUGAUCGAGGUGAAGUGGGUAUGGGCGUUGCUAAUGGUGAUAUGUGCUCCAUAUUUGUUCACAGCAUGUUCCUGUUUGUGGAGGCUGGUUUUCAAGAAAACAGGAAAACUAAAAUUUGUUCCUCUACUGAUGGCUAUGGUUGCAGAAACACUCCACACGAUUGGCUUGUGUCUUCUUGUUUUUUACGUCAUACCCAGCUUCGAUCCACUGAUUGGCGCUCUCCUGUUGAUCAACGUAGCGUUCGUCCCGGCUGUUUUGAAAAUAUUCGAGUCUAACGUCGACCGACAUAGCUAUGAUGCCUUGCAGUCCAACAAAAAAGAGUCGUCUUGUAAAAAGGCUUGGGGAACCGUCAUGGAUGUAGUCAUGGCAACAUUACACGCAGGAGUAAUAGGCGUCUGGUCUUACAAAGUGUACGUGGAAAUGAACGAUUUAAUCUUGACCGUCCUCGUCCCAGUUUCCCUCAUCUUGACGUCUGUAUCCUGGUGGGACAAUUAUGUGCAUACUCCAAAGAUGAAGGGAAAGAAAACGAAAUCCACAAUGAACGGACACACGAAAGGAAAGGGAAUAGAACCCGUGGAGAACGGACACACGAAAGGAAACGAAACAGACCUCGCGCAUAACGAACACACAAAGCACAUUAACCAAGAUGAACUAAAAGGUAACAUUUUUGCCAGACUCAAAAAGUCCAUCAGAAAACGAUGCACCAAGAUCUAUCUGAUCACUUCAUUAUGGAAGAUCAUCCUGACGAUGUCUAUUCCAGCAGUGUUCCUGUCACUGGGCAGCAAAGGAUGUCUGGAGAUUUUCUUCUUCAUUAAUAGUGGUGUUCAGGAAAAGUGCUCGCCUUUUGGAAACAUCACGCUGAAAAACAAGAAUCCUGACAUGCUGCCAUUAAUCAUUGCAUCAGUAAACAUCCUGUUCAGCAUCGUCUGCUACAAGGCAGGGAAGUCCGCCUGCAAGAUCUUGGCACAGGUAGCAUGUUUUUCGGUCCCGCUCUUACUAUCCUUCCCCACAACAGUUGGUGUGUUGAUCGCCAGUUACUCGGGACAUAAUGAGCUCUUCGGCUUUUUGGGGAGCGGUAUUCAAUGGUUAGAAACUGAAACAAGUAUUGGCACUUUCCUGGAACAUUUCACCAUUGUGUACUGGAUACCUGUGGGCAUCGGUGCCUUCGUCUCGCUGAUCUACACUGCAGGUCACAUCUGGUUUCCACGAUGUGUCAGAAUGGCAAGAACAGACAAACUUUUCCUUCGGCCUCUGUACUGCGGAAUUCUUCUAGAACAGUCGAUGAUGAUGAACAGACGUCGAGACGAAGAGGAACUGGGAGAGCACAAGAUGGGUGGCAGAUGGGUUAAAGAGCUGGCUAGACAAACGCAUACAGAAGAAGAUGACGACGAUCAGAUACAGAGCGAGCUGCUCGACCCGUCCGCGGCCAAGGAUAAACUGCGGACAGAUUCGACUCCCAUGAUCUUCAUCUGCGCCACCAUGUGGCACGAGACGGAAAACGAGAUGCUACAGAUGCUCAAAUCAGUCUUCAGAAUGGAUUCUGAUCAAAGUGCUAGAAGAACCGCCCAGAUUUUCUUCAACGUAACGGAUCCGGACUAUUACGAGUUUGAAGCACACGUGUUUUUUGACGAUGCUUUCGAAGCCCAUGCGGACGAUGACUAUGACUACAAAGUAAACAAUUUCGUCAAACAGCUUGUGCGAGUGAUGAACGUCGCUGCAAGCCGUCAGUCAAAGAUGCUGACAGACUCGACGGUGGUGCUAGCGCAACACUUCAGUUCAACAGCAUUGCAGUGGGACACACCUUCUAGCAAUGGAGAACGUUCGUGUGCACUUCUUGCAACAAGUCCAGCUUCGUCAUGUUCUUGGUGCAAAAGUGGAAAUUCCCAUGAUACAGAGCAAUACUGCAAGGUGAUGUACAUGUAUUUUUUUCUGGGAUACCGACUGCUGGCUGAAAAGAUACCUCUGAAUCGAAAACAGAAGCGUGCUGAGAACACGUUUCUGCUGGCUCUUGAUGGUGAUGUGGAUUUCCAGCCUCACGCUGUUCAGAUUCUUGUAGACCGAAUGAAGAAGAGCGGAAAUAUCGGUGCUGCAUGCGGAAGGAUACACCCUGUCGGCUCUGGUCCAAUGAUCUGGUACCAGAAAUUUGAAUAUGCUGUCAGUCAUUGGCUACAGAAGUCAACGGAACACAUUUUAGGCUGUGUGCUAUGCAGCCCAGGGUGUUUCAGCUUGUUCCGCGGUUCCGCGUUGAUGGACGAUAAUGUCAUGAAGAGAUACACCACACCCCCAUCAGAGGCGCGACACUAUGUUCAAUAUGACCAAGGUGAAGACAGGUGGCUGUGCACUCUUCUGCUUCAACAAGGCUACCGUGUGGAGUACUGCGCAGCCUCAGACUCGUUCACUUUUGCCCCCGAGGGAUUCUUCGAGUUCUUCAAGCAACGCAGACGAUGGACUCCAUCAACAAUGGCCAACAUCCUCGACCUGAUCCAGAAUUGGAGACAGACGACCAAGAAGAAUGAUGACAUCUCCAUCAUGUACAUGUUUUACCAGCUCUUCCUGUUCAUUACCUCGGUCCUCGCGCCUGGCACAAUCUUCAUGCUGAUAGUGGGCGCCUUUAACAGUGUCUACCAUCUCGACAUCACGGUCACCUUCGUCAUUAAUCUCAUACCUGUCGCCAUAUUUGUUCUGCUGUGCUUCAAGGCACCCAACAGUGUACAGCUGGACUACGCAGCUCUACUGUCUAUUAUAUAUGCACUUGCGAUGAUAGUCGUAUUGGUUGGACUGGUCAAGCAGGUGGCAGAGACUGGAUUUUGUUCUGUGACGACUAUAUUCCUGGUUACUCUUGCUGGGAUAUUCGUGGUUUCGGCAAUUCUUCACCCUCAGGAAUUUGGCUGCCUCUUUCAUGGUUUUCUGUAUUUCAUCUCAAUUCCGUCAAUGACCAUGUUGUUGAUGAUUUUCUCCCUCAUCAACCUACAGAAUGUCUCUUGGGGAACACGCGAAGUCAAGACAUCAGCGCCACCUGUUCGGCAGCAGAAGCAGCAGCAGAAAGCCACAAAUGUUUCUGCUGAUAAGAGCAUGCUUCAGAAACUGGUGGCCAACUUCACAAAUAGUGAAAAGAUGAAUUCGGAAAACACUUUUUCAUUUGGAAACCUUUUCAGGUGCAUGUGUUGCCCCAGGUCAGAUACCAGGGAAGAUGAUCUUAAAAUUAAGGAUAUUUUGGAACAUCUCAACUCUCUAGAUGAUAGGAUUGGGGAAGUGACAAAUGGGGCAAGCAGUAUGCAUUCAGCACGUGCCUCAGAACCAAGUAGCCCAUUGGAUGUACAGCCAUUCUCCCAGAAUGCAAAUCUGUUCGAAAGAGCUGGUAAACGAGAUAAUCCUUUAUACAAAGAAGAAAAACAUGUUAAACGUGAUGAAUUGAGAAAUCCAGUUUGGAUCAUUGAUGAAGAUCUUGCAAAAGGCAACAUUAAGGUGAAUGAUCCUGAAGAAAAUGCAUUUUGGAAGGACUUGAUCGAUAGUUACCUCUUCCCUCUUGAAGGAAAUAAGGAAAAGGAGAAGCAAAUAAAACAAGAACUGGUUGAACUUAGAAAUAGGUUUUGUUUGGCCUUUAUGAUAAUCAACGCAAUAUUCAUCAUUUUGCUGUUUGUUCUGGAGACUCUUACAGAAGACAACAGUAAUCUAAACUUUAGGAUGCCGUGUAACGUCGAGGGCUUAGAAGGUCAAAGGAUUCAACCAACUGCUAUUAGUUUUACUCUUAUCUUUGGUAUACUGAUAGUACUGCAGUUCGUGGCAAUGCUUUUUCAUAGGUAUUCCACGUUUCUGCACAUUGCUGCCAUUACAGAACUGAAGAGCAAGCAGAUGAUUAAUGGUGACAGCAAAGAACAGAAACCAAGUGUCGAUGAAGCCAUUCAGCUUGUCCGUGAUAUGCAGACCAUUCGAGAAGAUGAUGAAAUCUCGAUUGCUCCCGAGGAACCUGAACCAGAUUAUGCUGACGAUAAUGAUGAAAGUGGAUCCAAAGAAAAAAAACUGUUUGCAAAGUUUAAAGCAAGGCACAGAGGAAUACAGGCUCACCGAACUCUAAACCGUACAUUUAUGAAGAAUUUCAACCAGCUGGUGUCGGAACUUGAAAAAGUCAACAUACAGGACAAAACAAAGAAGGAGGUUCGAUUUGAUGCACAGUCAAGGUUCAGAAGAUUUGAGAAAAAGUCUGUGCAUACGAUCGUCAAGAUAGCCCAGGCGGAUAAAGAAUACAAAGAAAGCGUAGUCAAACAUGCACACAAAUGGGACGAGGCUGUGAAGAAACUUGGCAUCGUGAAACAACUGAAGACCAAGAAUCAGCUGACUUCUUUCCAAGACGUCGUCAGAGCUGCGAUGAUCAAACACGGACGUACCAAGAUGGGAGUACAACCAGGAACCUCUCAGCAAGACCCGCCACGUCCAGGCCGUAGGAAUGUGACGGAUAUAAGGAUUACCGUGUCUGAUCCUUUCAACGAAAGAGCCCAACCCAAGAAGCCAUCGAAACCUGAAUCCAAAUUUAAGAUGCUGGCUGAAAAGGUUGUGCAGCAAGACCGAAAUGGUGAUAGGAAUCAGGUUACCAGUUCUGCGAUGGAGAUGACGUCUGGCACACCAGCACUGGCCAUAGGCAGACCACGACAGCGUGAGAUGCCUCGUCAAAGAGAAACCGGCGCUAGUAUCUUACCUCCAGUGUUUACAUUUUCCCUCACGUAACCAUCGGAUGGAGCAGCUGAUUAUCACUCAAUUAAACUGUUCUUUGCAGAAAAAGCUGAUUAAUUUGACUGAUUUGGAAACAAUAGAAUAUAAUAGAUGUUUAACGACACCCCAGCACGAAAAUUGUAUCGGCUGUUGGGUGUCAAACUAUGGUAAAUGCAACAAUAAUGUGAUGAGAAACAUCAAUAUAAAAAUUCAAAAGUUAAAUUAAAAAAACAAACAGUGUAAAGAUCUGUACGAAAAUUACACAUAUCGCAGAUAGGUAAUAUUAAAAUAUAGUAUAAAAGUCAGUAUCACGUAGACAUUGUAAUAUAAGUUCUGGAUGGAAUCGAAAUGAUUGCAUCACAUUUCUUUGACCAAAAAUAUCUUUUCUAGUUUCUUU